UUAUUGCAUUCUUCACUUGCCAAUCCCAUGGUUAACUUAACUUCUUAGUCAAUUUUGAUCAUCUAUGCGCUUAUGUGUCCUAACUUGUUUGUCAAAUACACCUAUUAGCUGCAGCGACACCAUAGAACUUUGAUUGACUGUGCAAUUACUUUUGUAAGCUUAAUGAGUAAAGCACUGGUAUGCUUCUAAAAGAUCACCUAGCGCCAUGUGCCAACUGUUGACAUGAGACGUCUUUACUCUUUAACUAAACGUUCUUGCUCUUCCCAAGCCCUCACUCCUCGGAGAAUGCCAGAAAUUAGUAUUGCAGUUUAACUUUCUGAGAAAAGAGAGGUCAAAGUAGAAGGUAAGAGGAGGAUCCAACACCCUUAAACUAAGUAAGAUGACAGUAAUGAGCAUGCUUUCAUUAAUUUAACUUUGUUCCAGUAUUAAGAGAUGAGGUUAAGAAGUGUAGAGCAUGUGGGAUUCAACAGUCUCUUCAUGAUAUUUUCAUAAUAGAAAAACGAAAUAAGUUUGUGGUUAGAAGAGUAAAGUUGAUCUCACUAGUGUUUUUCGUGUUAUAAGCUUCCGAAACGUUCUUUCUUUUAGGAAGGGAGCCUUGGCGCGGUGGUAAAAGUUCUCACCGUGUGACUUAGGAGGUAACAGGUUCAAGCCGUGGAAACAACCUCUUGUAGAAAUGCAAGGUCUGACAAUGCAUAGAAGCUACACCGAUUAGUCCUGUUCAUUAAUGGAGAUAGCCCCUAAUGAAUCAAAGACACCAAGCAAGAUUGGAGAUAGACCAACCAGUGAUGUUGUCGUAAGGCUUAGAACGCAGGAUGGCCGUGAUGAUUGGCUUUACUGCCAUUCACAUAUUCUUGUCGAAGAGAGCAAAUAUUUUGCUGAUCUGUUAUCAGAUAGUUGGCCAACAUGUCAGAUUCUUGACUCGCGCAAUUGUGUUGAGGUUUACUGUGAAGAACCUGAUUUGGACUACCAUGUCAAUGUCCUUCGACUCUUCUAUGUCAUUGCAGAUAGUUUAAUGACUGAAAUUUGCCACGGUGUCAGGAAUGCCCUUGGCAUUUUGCGGGUUGCUGUCAAGUUUGGAUGCCCAAGAAUUAUUGCAGUGUGUGUGGAUUAUUUGGAAGCAGUCCCAUGGGAGGAAGCUGAAGAGGAGGAGCUAUUAAAUACUAUACCAGGCAUGGGAUCUAAAGUGGAACCAGUACUUGCUCGUCUCCAACCAGUCAAUCCUACUGCAGUAAUGAAGAUUUUUCUAGCGGCCCUUCAAUUUGCUACAUCAUCACCUCCUUCUCCUUUGAAUGAUCUGAAAACCACUGCUCAAGAACAGCUUGAAUACCUGCUUACUGAGGAUGAUGAUGCUCCUUUACUGACUGCCGAUGAAGAAAUAAAGCUAGAAGUCAUACGAUGUGCCAACAGGCUGUUUGAUAGAUUUAACAACCUCGUAGAAUCUCUACUGUGUGAUCUCCAAGAAUCAAUUUCAGAUGCUGGGAAAUUGCAAUCAUUGCAUUCCUGUUUAACAGAUUUGUCAUGGGCAUGUCAGAUAUUAGGAAAGCUGGAAAUUAUGAGAGAUUUUGUUUGCAGCUGGACAGAGUUGUCAAUGAAACUAGUUAUAAUUUUUCAACAAAAAGAAUCAGAAAAUCAAAUUCUAAAAACAAAGCUGAAGGUUCUUGAGGUGACGGCAAAAGUAUUAGAGGCAGUAGGAUAUGGCAUAGUUGCGUUACCUACUGUAAAACGACUUCACAUGGUGAAGCUCUGGCUUCCUUUUGUCCGAUCCAUGAAGCCUUUAGUUGAUUCGGAAACUGAGGAUGAUCUCACAAUAAAAGUUGAUAGUGAGUUAUGGCAAUCCUUGGAGUCGGCAUUUGUUUCCAUUAUACUUGCAUUGCCAUCAGUUGAUCAGGCAGAGAUUUUAACUGAGUGGUUGAAAAAUCAGCAGAUUCGAUAUCCAGACCUCACCGAGGCAUUUGAAGUGUGGUGUUACAGGUCCAAGGUUUCCAAGCGAAGGCUGGCAGCACUUGGGGAAGAGCACAAUACAGCUAAGACAGUAUGACUUGUCUGUUUUUCUUUUUUAGCCAAUUCUAGGAUUUAGGUUGUAUAACUGAUUAUAUGCUGAACUGGUAAGACGUCUUAAAAUGGUCUAGGUUCUGUAAAAUCACCUUCUCAUUUUUGUCUCCCUCGCAAUGUUUUUUGCUUAAUAAUUUUCUAUGAAGUAUGUCAAUCUUUCUCAGCAA